UCUUGAAAAAAAAUCCCUUCUCUUUCGUAGAAUACUGUGGGUCACUCGUUCCUAACCCCUAACAUUUUCAUGAAGUGACAAUUUUACAUUGCAAUGACAUCCUUCUUACCAGUUUCCUUCACUAUCGCAGGUUGCUUGUUAUUAAAUCGAAAUUAUUAGCAUAUAUAUAUAUGAAGAUGGUAAAUAAAACAUUUGAAGGCAUUUACUAUAUACCGGCUCAUUAAUAAGUCUUUGAACCUGUCUUCGUAUCUCCAUUAACAUUUUUUUUCUAUAAAAUUUCGCAACCAAAAAAAUAUCAAAAAUAUUGAGUUGAGAGUAUACCAAAAUAAAAUAGAUUCUAACGACGAACCAGUUCGGCUAUGAUUUUAUGAGAAUUAGUUCGAGAUCAAGUUCCUUUGGAUAUACCUACAUUACUAGUUGUGAGUCCAACGCUGUGAAAUGAGACAUUGAUCGUUCAAGUAUGAAAUUAAUUAAUUAAGAAAGUGCUCGCUUCGAAAAAUGGCUGAACGGUUAAAGCUGAGAAGAUUAAAUCGUUUAUUCGCCAAACUGUCACGGAUUAUCGUAAGAAAUGUUGGAGCCAUUACAUUCGGACUGGCUGUGGGUUUUUUCCUAGCUUCUGUAGCAAGUCCUAAUCCAUGGAUACAUUGGACUAACAAAAAUCAAUCAAUAUUCAGGGAGAAACAUCUUUUGGAUGACUUUACCGUAGCAAACGAAUUAAGUAAUGAGGUGAGGGUCCUAUGCUGGAUUAUGACUACCGCCGAAAAUCAUAAGUCAAAAGCGUUACACGUUAAAAAUACUUGGGGUCGCAGAUGCAAUAAGUUGCUGUUUAUGAGUAACGUUGAAGACAGCGACCUUGAUUCGAUUGGAUUAAAUAUCACUGAUGAUCAUGAUCAUUUGUGGGGGAAAACGAAACUAUCCUUCGAGUACAUUUACAAACAGCAUCUCUAUGACUAUGAUUGGUUUCUGAAAGCUGACGAUGAUACCUACGUGAUUGUGGAAAAUUUACGCUACUUGCUGCAUCAGUAUUCCACCGAAGAUCCUAUAUACUUUGGGAGCCAGUUUCAAGUCGUAUUACCAUCCUAUCAUUUUCACCAGAUAUACAUGUCCGGCGGAGCAGGAUAUGUGUUGAGCAGAGAAGCCGUACGUAGACUAGUUGAACGGGCUAUUCCUAACGGCAACAUAUGCCUAGGAGGUGAUCUCGGACCUGAAGAUGUUGUGCUAGGUUAUUGUCUUUCUCACGUUAACGUAAGUGCUGUCGACACUCGAGAUAGUACCGGACGCGAAAGGUUCUUUCCUUUCGAGCCUACAGCACAUUUAGUACCCAGCCCCAAUGACAACGCGUCGGAUUAUUGGUACAUUAAAUAUAGCGUUCACGAGAUCAAAGAUGGCUUGAAAUGCUGUUCGAACAACGCAGUAUCGUUUCACUACGUAAAACCGAGCGAUAUGUACGUGUUGGACUAUUUAAUUUAUUCUUUACAACCAUACGGAAUCGUAAGGCAUCCACAAAUUUUAAAUAGAUCAUUGACGGAACGGAAGGAAUCUAAAAGUGAUUUGAAAAAGUGGUCUCAGUAUUUUUUCUGGAUGAGUUAACCUGCUAUUAGUGUCCUCUGAAUAGCAAAACUUCAAUUCAAUAAAGCAAAA